AUGCCGCCGCUGGCAGCCCACUGGCAUAGCCUCUUGACGAGGCAUGUCAAAACAUGGAAAGCAGCCGCCAAACAAGUCCAGAAAAUCAUACAGAGCAAAGCAGCUCAGUCGGCACAACUCGAGCCUGUCUUGGUCCGCAGCUCCGCACGAAAGCCACUUCAUCCUGCAGCUCGCAUCAGACAGCACCAGAGCCGCUGGUUCAGUAGCUCUUCGCGUUCUACCUUCAAGGACACCGUUAGACGCUUCACCUCAAUUGCCGAGCAAUCGUCAGGACACCAGUACAAGCGUAGCGCUCUGCCCAAAUCCAGCGUUGGCAAUGCCGUCAUCCGUCACUCUGGUCGCGCUCCUUUCGCCUCGACCCUGCGACCCAAUCUUACUGGAGGUACUCUAGGACGUACAUCUGGAGGAUACUCACUUGGAGGAGGUCGUGUUGGAGGCCAGAGAUACUUCUCCCACGGUCCCGCUAGCCAAGCACAAGUUGUUCAGAACGUUUCUCAGGCUGUUCGUGCCUUCUUCGUAUCUGGAAACAAGGCUCAGUUCAACGGCGUCAAUUCGCGCGGAGAGAAGUCAUACAAGACCGUUACCGCCACCCAGGACGACACUGCUAAGAAGCUGCGCUCGCUGCCUAGACAGACCCCUGGCUCUUACAUUUCUUUCCCCAUCAACCCCACAAUUACUGCAUUGACCUCUCUCGAUGCUGUCGCCGGCUACGCCGAUGCUGAGCACGUAAACUCCGACGGUCUCCUUGACGGCCUGACUGUCGACUUCUCCCGCUCGCUCAAAGACCUGACUGCUGUCCUCAGCGACCUUAGCAAGCUCUCGAACCUUGGCGAUCUGCCCAUCACAUAUCAAGGUUCAUCGUUACGCAUCCAUUUCCCUGGCUGCGAUGCCGAUACCGUUAACAGAUUACGUGACGAGCUGCAAAUCCAGCGAGGUGUCACUGUUCAAGACGAAGACUUUGAUGACUUUGUUGGAUCAGAGAUCGCCUUGCUGUUCCCUUUCGCUCCAAGCACCCAGGAGUCCGAGAGUGGCAGCGAGUUCUACGAGUCACCGUCUGCAAGCCAUAGUCGACCAAUCGAAUGGCAGACGAUGAUAACGCCUUCCGAGAGCAGUUGUGGUCGCGAACUGUCAAUGAAGUCGGACACCUUAUCAGAGUUAGACUUUGAAUUCGACAGUCCGGCUAUGGCCUCGGACUAUGAGUCACUACAUUACUCUAGCUCUGGUGAACGCUCAGAUGCUCAAAGUCCUCUCGAGUACCAAAACUUCGAAGGGAUCUACAGAUUCAUUGAGCAGUGCGACUCGCACCGACGCUGA